GGAAUAGAAACAUUUUGUUCAGUAAGUCUUGCUAUAUAAAGACCUAGUAACUGUAACACAGUAGUAUAUAAUUCCAUAUAAUGAGCACAUGGCAUUUAUUACCAUAUCAAUGACAUUUCACCUCUCUUUCUAUUAAACUCUCACACUCAAUCCCACCAAAAGGAGAAGUUUUUCUCAUUCCAUUUCCACAAUCUUCAUGGAGCCUCCAAAAUUAGACCCCUCUUUCUCUCAAUCUUCUUCCCCCAUCAUCUCAGAAAAUAUUAAUAAUCCUAAGCAAUUACCAGAAAAUCAUCAAGAAGAUCAUAUUUUGUUGGAUCUGAGUCUCGCAAACAAGGAUUCCGAUGAAGGGUCGAAUCCGGAACUUAACCUCAUCGAUUGUUUCAAGACAAAUACUACUAAUUCAUCAUCUCAAGAUUCAUUAGACGAGAAUACUACUACAACUACAACUCCUCAAGGUAAUAACAAUGAAACCGAGCCUCGAGUUUUUUCAUGCAACUAUUGUCAAAGGAAAUUCUAUAGCUCACAGGCGCUCGGGGGUCACCAGAAUGCCCACAAACGAGAGCGAACACUUGCGAAAAGAGGCCAAAGAUCGAUCAACAGUUCAGCAUCUUUCUCUUUUGCUCACUCUAAUUCUCAACAGAACAGAUAUCCUAGUAUGGCGUCUCUUCCUUUGCAUGGUUCAUUCAACCGAUCACUUGGAAUUCAGGUUCAUUCAAUGAUUCACAAGCCCUCUUUUGUGUCUUCUCCGAUCGCUUCUUCGAAUGUUUAUGGUCAAAAUAGGUGGUCAAGACAAGCGGCGAUUGAGCAGCAACCGGCAAUUGGGAGGCUGAAUUCGCCAGAGAAUAAUUUCCAAGUGGGAUUAUCAAACUCUGCAUCAUCUUCUAGUAAUGGAGCUGCAAGAUUUGAAAGUGUUAGAAAAUUUUCUGCAGUAAAUGAAGGAAAUAUUGGAGGAUUUUGGUGGGAUUUUGUUAGCCCUUUUAAGACAAAACAAGAUGAAUUGCAAAAGCUGGACUUGUCCCUCAAGCUCUAAAGAUUUUUUUUUUUUUUUCAUUAUUGCUUUUGUUAUUUUCUUUAUUUUUCAGUGUAGAUGGAUUUUUUUUUUUUUUUUUUCUGUGGGUUUUUUAGUUGAGCCUAUUGUAAAUGCUUUUUGGCAAUAGAAGAUUAAUUUUGAGAGAGUUUUUGUUA